GUUUGUUUGUCGCUCACAGUAGUCUUCAUAUCAGCGUGUUGAUUAUUUCAAUACAAAAUCGCUUUUCUUUCCAGUAAUCAUCUAGCAAUCUCUUUCGAAUUUCACAAAGUGGCAAAGGACACACUUCAGCCUUGUGUAGGAAAAUGUCCGAAAAGUAUCUUCGACAGCAAAAUCUGGUGCUUCUUCCACCGGAACAACCGAAAUACACGACACGUGAUUGGGAUGCGAACAACCGUCGCCAGAAUGUGUUCUCACUGGAGCAGCAAGCAUUAGCGGAUCGUGUCAUAAGUGAAAGUGAUCGAAUAAUCGAUGAGACCAAGCAUACGACGGAGGAGAGCAAGAGUGAGGUAGACUUCCGGCUGAAGGAACGCAUCGAGGACAUUCAAUUCCGGCGCGAUGAGUUACAGCAGCAGAAGAAGGACGCUCACAUCGAGGAGGAAGCGCUGAAGGUGUACAAACGUCGUACGAUCGAUGCAAUCAAUACGCUGCGAGAGAUUGCCGUGCCGCUCUGUCAGAAGUGUAUUGUACUGCGGGAAAAUCGACAAGGAGCCGACCUGGUGAACGAUGCCGUUGAUCGCGAACUGCGCAAGGAGCUGGACGUGACGGAGGGUGGAAUAGCGCUGCUGGAGAAGGUGUUGGAGCAAAGUGUGGAGCAGAUCCGACGAUUGCGUGCGACCAUCUAUCUGCUCGAUCGGGACCUGGCGGACAAGGAUCGGUCGAUCAAGAUCGAUGCUAAAAAUCUCGAACUACGCCCAAACCAGAUGGAGUUGAAGAUUUAUGCCGGCAGGGUGCCGUUGGAUCCUUACAACUCAACCGACGAGGAAUGGAUUAUGGUAACGAACAGAAAUAUAGAGGCAACUGCGAAGGAGAUAAACUCCGCCCAACCGCUCCGAUCGUACGUCGAUCAGCUGCUGCGCCAGGUAGCGGAAGACAUCCGGACACAGGUCGAACGGACGAAUGCCGCAUUCCGGGAGCGUGUGGCCGAGAUGCGCUACACCAAGAUUAAGCUCGAGAACGUCCACAAGGAAACGGUACGGCAGGUGAACGAGCUGACACGCACCGUUACGCGGCUGGAGCGUGAAAUCGCCGAAAAGGAAGGUUAUGUGGCGCUCGCCCAAACACGUCUGGCCAACCGAUCAACGCGGCCCGGUAUCGAACUUUGUCGGGACAAUGUUUACGAAGGGUUAAAGAACGAAUUGGCCGCACUGCGUGAAACGAUCGCAAAGUUGGACGGAAGUUUGGUCAAGUCGAAAGCUACACUGCGCUAUCUGCUCAACACGCAAGUGAUGCAGGAGGAAGAAAUUAACCUUAAAACCGAAUCCCUGCGCAUCGACGAGGUUGACUGUAUCACUAUGAGAGAAAGCUUUAAAUUCCAGUCAUUUUAAGUUACUACUUUUGGGACCAAAAAUGGUAAAUAAAGGCACCGACCACUUUCGAAAUCGCUGCAAAAGGUUUAA